CGCCCCUCCUCCACCCCCUACAUGACAAUUAAUUCACUCUCAUUUGCUUCUGUACUCUCUUCUUCUCUGUCACAAUUCACUUGUUGUCUUCCUUUAUCUCUACCUCUCCCUUUCAUCUCUUGCAUGGCACCCAAUAUGAAGUAGAGUGUGCUUGAAGGCAAGUCUCGGUGAAUUGGUUGCUAUAUAUAUAAACCAACCACCAAAGUAUAUCUUGUUUUUUUGUUCUUUACUUGGUUUUAUGGGUCUUACUUCACUUCAAGUUUGCAUGGAUUCCACUGAUUGGCUGCAGCCGUAAUUGGUGAGGCAAAUGGAAGUAAUGGCAUGAAAUUAUAUGCUGUUUUGGAGUGGAAACCUACAAGGGAACAUAUGGGUAGUCCUAUAUGUUUUGCAUUUAGUGUAGUCACAUUGAUGUCAUGAUGGUUUGAAGCAGCGAAAUGGCUGUGCACUUUAAUGCAGAAGAGAUAUGUGAAGCUUUAGACUCGAUCAUCUGGGCACGAUACACGAGGAGUCUGGAAUGGAUUCUUCUUCACCUUCCGGGGAUAUGCUCACAUGCUCAAGGCCCUUGAUAGAGAGGAGGCUCAGACCCCAGCUUGACCAAGCUCUCAAGUGCCCAAGGUGUGACUCCACUCACACCAAAUUUUGUUACUACAACAACUACAGCCUCUCUCAGCCAAGGUACUUCUGCAAGACUUGCAGAAGGUACUGGACCAAAGGUGGCACUUUAAGGAACAUUCCUGUGGGUGGUGGGUGUAGAAAGAAUAAGAAGGUGGCUAAAAAAUCUAACGAUCAAACCAUUAAUCAGAACCCUGGAUCAUCAUCUUCUUCUUCCCAUAAUCCUACUGAUUUGCAUCUUUCAUUUCCUGAGGUCCAACUUGCACACCUCAGUAACAUACUUGCCACACAUCAAGGGGCACUUGCAAACCCUACUUUCAUGGAGACCAAGUAUAAUAUUGGCAUGCUUGAAAACCCUAGGCCUGUUGAUUUUAUGGAGAGCAAGUUGGAAGCUAUAGUGGGCAGUUCCAGGAAUUACGAUUUUAUGGGGAAUGGCGAGAUGGGUAUGGUUAGUGGGCUCGGGGACAUGAGUCAUCAAGGAUUAGCACCGAAUUUUCAUGGAAUUUGCUCACCAUUUGGGAUAUCCGUUGAUGGGAAUAAUGGCACUUUCAUGGAAACUUGCCAAAGGUUAAUGCUUCCAUAUGAUCAUCAAGGAAACAAUGAUGAGCAAAACACAAUUGAUGUGAAGCCCAACACCAAGCUCCUGGCCCUUGAAUGGCAAGACCAGGCCUGCACAGAUGGUGGGAAGGAUACAUUUGGGUACCUAAAUAAUUUGGGAUCAUGGACUGGCAUGAUGAACGGCUAUGGAUCGUCGACCACAACCAAUCCCUUGGUGUAAUAUCUAAUCCCAAUUCGCCUUUGAUAGAAAGUGUAACUUUUUUUUUUUUUCUGUUGUCGUGCUUCUUUCUAUUAUAAGGUGGUGGUCUUGAAAAAUUUUCGUGGAGUUGACAUGCAGCAGCUACCAGCCAGCAGAAGGGAGUGUGUGAAUGAAAACUUAAUUAAAAAAGAGUCCAAAAAUGACUGCCUUAGUAUAUUUGUGUUUGUGUUUAUGUUCUGAUAUGGUUUCAUCCUUUGCCUAAUUUGGUGUCUUUCUUAUAAGACAUUCAAAGCUGUAGGAUUUUGUUGUUAUAUGGAGGAAUAUAUGGUAGUGCUUUUUUUAGCUUUAAGAAUAUAUGUACGAUUAACUCUUCUUUGUCUUCC